AUCUGUGUUCCUUUCUUGUCUGUCUGAUUGAUAAGACAAUGACUGAUACUUGUCACGAAGUAGGAAGCAGUUUCUGGGUUCACGUGUGGCUGAUACUCACCUGGGCCGCUGUGUUCGUAGGGCCCCAGGUACCCUUCGCCAGCAACUGUAACUUCGAUGGGGAGCUUCUGUGUGGCUUCGUUCAGCAAAGCGUUGGUGAUGACUUCGACUGGGAAGUCGGCUCGGGUGCAGUUGAGGCUCUCGGACUGAGCGGUGAUCACACUGGCGGGGGGAGUUAUGCUUAUCUCAACACCACCGGCAAGACUCGGUCCCAAACCGCCAUCCUGCGGUCCAUGCAGCUCGCGUCCCUCACGCCCCACUGUCUGACGUUCUACUUCUACAUGGCUGGAGCUGACGUCGGGUCUCUGGCUGUUCUACAGCAGCGAGUCGGCGAGCAACGGCGAACUGAGCUGUGGUCGGCUGAAGGAGACCAGGGGCACGGGUGGACACGCGCCAAGGUUGACGUCACGUCUCCACUGAGCGGCAACACACCGAUGGGCUACAGGAUCAACUUUGAUGCAGUGGUCGGGUCCGGACAGCUGGGGCUGAUCGCCAUAGAUGACGUCGUCUUUGUGAACGGCCCCUGUGACAGUGAUGCAUAA